AAAACAAGUGAAUAAUUUUCAGAACACAUUCGUACCAAAAAAUGCUAACCUGAAUUCGGAGUCUUUAAAUUACCUAAUAAAAAUUCGAAAAAUUCUAAAUUCUAAUAUACAGUAUACAAUUUGAACAAUAUUUCAUUAAAGGAACUCUCUUCUGAAAAUGGCAGAUAAGAAGAAGGAAGCAAAAGCGUCCGAUAAAAAGAGUGAGAAAGGUGGCAAGACCGGUAAAGGGAAAUCAGAUAAGAAUAAGAAGAAGGGAAAAAUCAUUAUGGGCGGUACUAUAGGAUUACAAAUGAAACCAAUCAGAGGCCAAUAUUAUAACGUCGUUACUUCCAUCGAUGCGCCAAUGACGUCACAACCACCUACAUGUACGUCAUACAAUAAACCUCCAAUAUGCUGUCCACCUACUUGUUAUUACCCACCAAUAUGCUGUCCAAGACAACCAAGAAGACGAUGCUGCUAAUGAAAAACGAAAUUCAAACUUUACAUCCGAUGUAAAAUUUUAUCAAUAUUAAAUUUCAAAAAGUAAAUAAAAUCUAUAGUUAUUUCA